UGCAUUUGUUUGUGACAUUAGCAGAGUGUGCUGUCACUGUCAUAUGGCAAGCCAGGGCAGCCUGGACUGGUUUAGAGCAGAAUCGGUUAUUACGGAUAGCAACUGUUCACCCGCCGCUGUUCCCAGCAGAGCCCUGGGCUUAAUCCCGAGCGGGAAGCAGCCUUUCAUAAAGUUCUCAUUGUUUGAGAAGUUGGCACAGCUUUCUCCUCCAGCUUCUUGUUUGUUAAUGGAGUUCCGGCAGGGCAGCGGUGAUUACUGCCACGCACAACAUCGUAACGCUUGAUCACGGGUGGAUCUGCCCGAAAUCUGCCACUGAAUGUACAGAGAAACACUGUCUGUGCUCUUCUCUUGCUGGUCUUCCUGAAUGACCACUUUGCUCUGUGCCAAAUGGGUUAAUUGGCAUUGCUGCACCUGGCAUUUUGCUACCGGACACUGUUCAACCCAUCUAGUUGUCCGGCAGAGUAUCCCUUUAAAGAGGAAGAGGUAGAUUUGUUGGAAGAGGAAGACUCUUAUGGCCUCUAAUUUCCAAGAAAGGCAGCUUUCAAUUUUAUAUACUGACUAGUAAUGAUUUAUCGGAGAGGAUCCUGCAAGUCUUUGAAACCUUCACUGUGAUAGUGAAUCUGCUGUAGCACUGUUGUGGGUCAGAGUAGUGCCAUACUGUGAGUGGAACUCUGUGGAUCCUGGCCCGGAGGGAGUGUUCGGUUUUCUGUAGUGUGGAGGGGACACCAGCAUGACCAGGAUGAACCGUCCAGCUCCUGUCGAGGUCUGCUACAAAAAAAUGCGCUUCCUUAUCACGCACAACCCAACCAAUGCAUCAUUAAGCAGCUUCAUUGAGGAUCUGAAGAAAUAUGGGGCAACAACAGUGGUGCGUGUGUGUGAAAUCACCUAUGAUAAGACACCGCUGGAAAAGGAUGGAAUUACUGUCAUGGAUUGGCCUUUCGAUGACGGUGCACCUCCUCCUACUAAGAUCGUGGAUGACUGGCUUAGUCUGCUGAAGAAUAAGUUCUGUGAGGAUCCAGGUUGCUGUGUGGCUGUGCAUUGUGUGGCCGGACUGGGCCGGGCUCCAGUGCUGGUGGCUCUGGCACUUAUAGAGAGCGGAAUGAAAUAUGAGGACGCCAUUCAAUUGAUUAGACAGAAACGCCGGGGCGCCAUCAACAGCAAGCAGCUAACAUACCUGGAGAAGUACCGCCCCAAACAGAGACUGCGUUUCAAAGACCCACACAACCACAAAAGCAAGUGCUGCCUCAUGUGAUCCAGUCUCACCGGCCUGCCACUGAUGGAUCCAGUCACUCAUGGACUAAAAUUACCAAUCUAGUGCAUUUGAACUUUUGCUACAUUUCAGGAAGGGAAUUUAACCCCCUUUUGGUGUAAAUGUCAGACCCCUGCACACAGGGUCUUCACCAGCUCAGGGCUAAGAAAAAAAGAUCCUAUUGAAUUUUGUCUUUACACACAACCUCCCCUCCACCAUCCUCAACCUCAGCUACCACCCAUCACACUGUACCAGCAGACCGCAAUCCAAAGAUGAUCAUGGCUACCAGCCACCUGCUCAUAGAACACAAUCACUGUUGUUAUGCUCACAGUUUCGUAUGAAACUGCUUUACUACCCUGUUCUUUCUCUCUCUUGAAAUUUUGAAGUUUCUGAAUGCAUGUCGCUGUACUUUUUUGAAGAUGUGAGUGAGUGGUUUAACCUAGCCCCUUUUUUCUACAUUGAACUGUGAAUCUAUUCUGGGAUUCAAGUUUGUUGCACCACUGGCUACUUUUUACUAGAACUGUGGGCCUCUGGAUCGAUAACAUAGACUUCCAGGUUUUUGGAUGUUUUAGCUGCUUUUAAAUCAUUUUGAAUCUGAUAUGUUGUUGUGCCACAGAAUCGCAUCAAUGAGGAGAGAAAUCCAUGAGUGACUACGCUUGUAGAUCAGUAUUUCUAGUUUAAUUUAACACAGAAACCACAAGAGGGAGUCCUCACAAUAUUUACCUCACAGGAAAAAUCGUUUGCAGCAUAUAAGGACAGCUUUUUUGAAUUGCCAGUUUUAUUUAUUUUUUGCUGUUUGCACUCAGUGCUCUUGUGUGGCUGCUUGGUUGUAUUGUGGACACUUACUGUGGAAUAACAAAAUGAACUUUUCAAAGUGAGGCUUAAUAUAUUUAGUCUUGUCCAUAUUGUAGGAAAUGAGAUGGAAUCAGUCUGCCUAACUAGUGGGGAUAUGGACACCAAAGGUGAUAAAUCUGUGUCAGGUACUAAAAUGAUGUAAUCUGCAUCAUUAAUUUGUUAAUAUGAAAUACAUAAGACCUUGGAUCUGGGAUAACGACAUUUCUCUGCCUUUGAAAUCAAAAUUUCAAACAGCUAGAAAGCAAAUAUUAAGGAAAUAUCUAAUAAAAGAGUAUCUUUGUUGAAUUGUGACUGUGAGAAGGAUAAGCAAAUGAAUUAAGGUCAUGUUUUGUUUAUAUUUACCAUGAACGGACUUUUAAAGCUGAGCUCACUCCAGUUUACAACUGAACUUUAAGACAGGUGGUCAGGUGCUUAUCAAAUUUGCAUUUCUGGUUAUAACACUUAAUAGUCCAUAUGGCUCCCAUUUGAAAAAAGAAAAAAAAAAGUGUGUGAAUAAAGCAGCUGAAUGUUGCACACAUAUAUAAGGGCUUUUCUCUCACGUUUGUCACUUUUGUUACAGUCUCCACCAUCUGUUAAGUGUAUGCAUUUGCAAAUAUGUAAUGUUUUGAUGAGUUGUUGCUUCAAUAAACCAAUGUGAUCAGCAAAAUAAUGUAACAAAUGUCAUGGGAAUAUAUUUAGAUAUCAGCUCUAGUGCUGCUUUUGUGAUAAAGGAUGGUGCAGGACUCACAAACUACAUGGCAUAUCUCCGGUUUAUCCUGACCACAUUCAUUUGUGGUCCUGAAGACGAUCAUCCAUGACAAUGUGCACCAUGUGACUUAAAAAGAAAAAAAAAAACUUUUUCUUGUCCCUGAUUUUUGGAUCUUGUCCCAACAGAGCUGAAGUCAUUGCCCUUGACACUGGAUGAUGUAGUUAUGUGAGUAUUUAAAAAAACCUGGGAGCUAUCAGAGAUGAUCUGAUCUGUAACAUCACACUCUUACCAUAGUAAAGUUCACUGACCCAUUGGAUUUGUGAUCAUAUCUAAAGUGGCCUAUUUGAUAUAAGCAUAUUGAUAUUACAUGUUUUAUUAAAACCGUGAUUCAUAAUUAAUGAUUUAUUGUUCCCUGUUCAUAUCUACAGUGAUUGACAUUAUUGUAUAAUUGCUCAUUUUAAUGCCAAACAAGAAAAGUUAAUAAUUUAUGUACAUAUUGCUCUUUUAUGAAAUUGGAACAGAUGUUAUAUCUGAAAUCUGGAUUCAUUAAAAAUAAAUAAAAAAAUA